ACAGAAGCUCGAGUCACUUGAUAUAAGGGAAUGUAACUCAGAAUUGGAGAAGGAGUUGGAAAAGCAGAGGUUAAUAAUAUUCAACACCAUCACAACCACCAUGCCAAUUCUUGAAGUUUUACGUGUACGUAAUUGGGAAAAUCUUAACUUAGUAACGAAAUUUACAACAUGUUUCAUUCGGCUCAUUGAGUUGGAAAUAGGAUAUUGUGGGAGAAUAGAGUCAUUCCUUGAUUUGCAGGAUCUUGUCUCGUUAAAGGAUCCGACAAUCUGCGAUUGUCCAAGUAUGGAUGGUCCUCCCCCUCUUCCUCUUAGAAGGAGCAGUGGUGUAAGUGCGGUUUAGCCUCCCAAAUUGGAUUCCUUAAGUAUAGGGAAGUUGAAGAGACCCAUAUCAGAAUGGGGCCCACUCCCAACCUCACUCGUUGAACUAAAUCUAUGGGGUGGAUUUGGAUCAUCAUCAUCGGCAGAAGAAGAAGAAGACUUCAAGAGUUUCCCAACCUCCCCACUUCUAAUUCCUUAUUCACUAUCAUCCUUUCUUACAUGACUUAAACUAUGGGAUUUUAAGAAAAUGGAAAGAUUAUCAUUGGAGGGACUCCAACGCCUCACCUCCCUCCAACAUCUCUCCAUUGAAGAUUGCCCAAAGUUAAAAGAAUUACCGGAAACGUUGUUGCCUUCACUUUUGAGUUUGGAAAUAGUCAAUUGCCCAAAUGAAGAACUAAAAGAAUAGAUGAUGAGUAGAAGAGGUUCCUAUUGGCCCCUGCUCACCCAUAUCCCCAGAGUCAACAUACUAUAAGCAAUUAUGAAGUUGGAUACAUACAUGUCAACACACAUGGAGUUGGAAAUCGACUGGUCCAAGAAACAUUUAAUCAUUCUGGUGAAACUAUUCAUAGGCAUUUUCAUCUUGUUUUGAACUCAGUACUUAAAUUAAGUGGAGACAUUAUAAAGCCUAGUCCAAAUUACAAUGAAGAAGUACCCUCACAAAUCUUAAAUUCGAGCCGUUAUUACCCGAUGUUCAAGGAUUGCAUUGGAGCCAUUGAUGGGACUCAUGUGAUGGCAUCUGUUCGGGAACAUGAGCAACCAAAAUAUAUUGGUAGAAAAUGUUAUGCGACACAAAACAUAAUGGCGGCAUGCGAUUUUAACAUGUGUUUUACAUUUGCGUGGGCUGGAUGGGAAGGGACAUCACAUGAUACUAGAAUAUUCAAUGAAGCAUUGCGAAGGCCCAAAGUUAAUUUUCCAUGUCCAACGGGUGAUAAAUAUUACGUUGUUGAUGCCGGGUAUCCAAAUACUAGAGGUUAUCUUGCUCCAUAUAAAGGAACCAAUAUUCGGUAUCAUAUACCAGAAUUUCGUCAUGGAAAAACUGCUGCUAGUCGUGCUCCUAGAGGAGCUAAAGAGAUAUUUAACCAUCGGCAUUCAUCAUUGAGAAAUGUCAUUGAACGAACUUUUGGAGUAUGGAAGGCUAGAUGGGAAAUAUUAUAAAAUAUGCAUGUCAAUUACACUUACGAGACACAAGUGAAUAUCGUGCUUGCAUCCAUGGCGAUUCAUAAUUAUAUUAGAAAGAAAGAUGCAUGUGAUGAAGGAUUUAUUAGGGCGCAACGAGAAUCUUACACUCCAAAUAACGGUAUUCAUGGUCGAGGAUCUAGUAGCAUUAGCGAAAUAGAUGAAGACACAAGUGCACAACGUAGACAUGAUGAUUUAUAUAUGAGUGCAAUUAGAAAUAUAAUUGCAGGAGAACUAAUCCAAUCAAGAUGAAUGUGUUUAUUGAAUAUUGAUGCAUGUUAAUUAA